AUGGGGAUGGACAAGACCAACUUCUUUGUGUUCUUUCCCAUCUUCAUGAUGGUCUCUCUGCUCCCCGGGAUCAUUGGCGCGGUCAUGGCCAUGAAGCGCAGCUCCUUCGUUCAGGACCGCAUAGACCACAUCGCGGCCAUGAGCGCCGGCCCUCUCUACUUGACCGUGUUUUUCUUGAGGCUCACGAUGGGCCUGAUGCAAGCAAGCCUGGGCAACGCCCGACGUGACUGCGGCGUGAACGUGCCGGACCAGCAUGCCUACAAGGUGGUUGGCGGGACUGCCGAUGGAGCAUUGGUUUUAAUGGAUGACGCGGAACCCUUUGGUCGCUUCAACCGGGCGCAGCGUGCAGUCCAGAACCACGUGGAGCAGGUCUUCCCAAUGGUCUUGGAGUUCAUACUUGGUGGCUACGUCUUCCCUUGGACAACGGCCGCAAUUACCUGCGCGUGGGCUGCGCUGCGUUGUUAUGGGGCUGUUCUCUACGCCAAUGAUCGAAUGGCCCGGGUAAAGGGCAACCUCCCCGCCAAUAUCUUGCUUGGCACUCUGGCGGGCCUCGUUUUGACAGUCGGCAUCGUCGCCACCAUGAAGUGA